GCUUCAGUGAUAUAGAUGACACAAAUAUUCUUUCUGGUGAUGAUGUAGCUAAAACUUUUGAGCAAUCACAGGAAAAAAUUGUUAAAAUUCAGGAAGAUACAUUAUUACUUUUCAGUUUUAAGACCAGAGCUAAAGGAUUGUUCGAUCUCAAGGCUACAAUAAAAUUGAUUAAUGCAAUAGUAGGAAAUUGGUGUAGUUAUACCAUUAAGAGUGAUGCAACUCGUGUAGAAGAAGCAAAACUUCGAUGCUCUGAAUCAUCCAGUAAUGAGAUUUGUGAAAAGAGUUCUUGUAAUAGUAUUGUUGAGAAGCCUGUAAUAAAUUUGUCACAAUUGCUUUCUUUGGUAUCAACUCAAAAUCAAUCAAAUAAUUCUAAACAAUCCUUAGACAUGAUAUACCCACCUCCGGCAAUUACGAUUAGGAAUUUUGAACGAGAUGCCUGA